AUGAACGCCGGGCAGGUGCAGCAGUUUUCGAGUGCACCGCAAGCUGUCGGAGCGCGGAACAAGUACAGAGAUCCAAAUGACACAGGAAAGGCUCAUGGGAAUAUCAUGUACGACCGGCGGGUGGUUCGCGGCAACACCUAUGCUGCAGUGGUCCAGCCAGAGCCGGACAUGGCAGAGGUGCAGAAGCAGAGAGAAGCCCAGAGACGACGCCUACACCGUGCGAAUCAGACGAAAAAGCGGCCCGGAACACCCGAAGCCGUUCCAGGUCGCAAACAUAUGGACAUCCAGACCGAUUCGUAUCUGGAAAAGUUGACAGAUCGCGUUGUCGAGUUCGAGGCAGAGACACAGACGGACUUUAUCCUUGACCGCCCACCAUCUCCGCUGUUCAUGCCUGCCAAGAUUGGCAUCGACAUCGAGACCCAGAUCGAGGAUGGAGAGCUCUUCGACUUCGAUGUGGAGUGCGAGCCAGUUCUUGAGGUCCUAGUCGGCAAGACCCUGGAGCAGAGCAUGAUGGAAGUUCUGGAAGAGGAGGAGCUGGCUAGCCUGCAGAGGCACCAGGAAGACUUCGAGAAGCGCCGCAACGCGGAACUCUUGGAGGUGCAGCGGAUGGAAGCGGCCGAGAAGCGCCGUGCAGACGAAGUCCAACGGCGUGUGGCGCAGCAGGCUGCCAGGCACGAGCAGGACAUCUGCACCAUGCGGAAGGUCCUUGCUCGGCAGAUCGCUUCAGAGCACCUGCAAGGCCUCAAAGGGCGCCUGUUGCAGAACUUGGAGGAUGCGGGCGUCUUCGCGGAUGUGGGCAGCAUGGCAGUGGAGACGAAGUUCAUGCCGGGACUUCUCCAGGCAGUGGUGCAGCAGAUCCAGAAUUCCACGCAGGAACAUGCAUUAGCCGAUGCCGUCAUCUCUUCGAGCGUGGAUUCGAAGCUUCAAAAGCACAGUGCCGUCCUCGAGAUCGAGCGUCGCCGCCUGGCACUCAUCGACGAAGCCGAGCGCCAGGCGAGAGAAGAAAAGCAAGAG